UAUUGAAUAUGAAGCUACUAGUUUGUAUUAUUGCUCUGUUCUGUAUUUGAACUGCUCAUAAUUUAACCACUGCCCCAGUGCUUGUAAUACAUGGAAUCAACGACAAUUGCGACUACGGAAUCGUCAAAAGUGUUUCAAGCCAUUUAGAGACUUAUGCUCAAUGCUAUCCUAUUGGAGGAGAUCAAGCUAAAAUGGCAUCGAUAUUUUAUAACAUCAAUUACCAAGGAAAGAUUUUGUGUGACAAGAUUCAUCAAGAUGAGCAACUGAAAGAUGGAAACUUUAGCAUACUUGGAAUCUCUCAAGGAGCUGUGAUAUCCAAGUAUAUCAUUGAGUACUGCCCACUUAAACAUCCAGUCAGAAGCAUUGUUACUUUCGGAGGCCCUCAUAUGGGAGUUUCAUUUGCUCCUACCUUUCCUAAAGAAACAUGGCUUGGAACUGCAUUAGCCUGGAUCAUCAACAAAUUUGUAUAUUUCAACUUCAUGCAGUACUUGGUAGCUCCAGCUGAUUUCUGGAGAGAUCCAACCAACCCUCAAGGAUACCUCAAGCACUCAAGGUUCCUUGCUGAAGCCAACAACGAGAGAAAUUUCGACCAGAACAGAAAAGACCUCUGGCUCGCCCUCAAACAUGCAAGAUUUGUGAAAUGGGAGCAAGACACCACGAUCAUCCCAAGAGAGUCAUCAUGGUGGGGCAUGUACUCACCCGACUACAACAUUGUGUCGAGGUUCGAUACAGAAGUGUACAAAAAGGAUUUGAUUGGGAUCAGAACUUUGGAAGAAGAAGGAAGAGCCGACUUCAUAUCUAUCCCAGGAGAUCAUAUGAAAUUCAGUCAUGAUCAAAUCAAUAAUAUCGUCAGACCUGUUUUUACUCAGUAAUCUUUCAACCUUUGUGUUCCAUCAA